CAAUCGUUCUCUCUCUUCCGGCUGACUCUGCGUGAGGAGCACGUUUCCAAUCGAAUUCUCCCGCAAAAAGUGAUAAUUUCGCUGAUAAAACACUCGCACCGGCUGGAGGAUGGAGUAGAGGUGACACUGAAAGGCCCUUCCGCAUUGCUUGGCGAACUGUAGAAGAUGUAUCUCUACAAUUUGACGCUGCAGAAGGCCACGGGGAUCACCCAUGCCGUCCAUGGGAGCUUCUCUGGCCAGAAAGUGCAGGAAAUCCUUAUAUCGCGUGGCAAAAGCCUGGAACUGCUGCGUCCGGAUCCAAACACAGGGAAAAUUCACACUUUGCUCACGACUGAAGUGUUCGGCGUGAUCAGAUCCUUGAUCGCCUUCCGUCUCACCGGAGGCACAAAAGAUUAUGCGAUUGUCGGCUCUGAUUCGGGACGUGUGGUUAUUCUGGAGUACAUUCCGGCGAAGAAUGUGCUGGAGAAGGUGCAUCAGGAGACAUUUGGCAAGUCGGGCUGCCGACGAAUUGUGCCUGGCCAGUAUUCUGCCAUCGAUCCGAAGGGACGCGCCGUUAUGAUUGGCGCCAUUGAGAAGCAGAAGCUCGUGUACAUCCUCAACAGAGACUCCGAGGCGCGAUUGACCAUCUCGUCGCCUCUGGAGGCGCACAAGUCCAACACACUGUGCUAUCACAUGGUGGGCGUGGAUGUUGGCUAUGAGAAUCCCAUGUUCGCCUGUCUGGAAAUUGACUAUGAAGAGGCAGAUUCCGAUCCCACCGGCGAAGUGGCGCAGAAGACGCAACAAACGCUCACAUUCUACGAACUGGACUUGGGACUCAAUCACGUUGUGCGGAAGUACUCAGAACCGCUCGAGGAGCACGCAAACUUCCUCAUUUCCGUGCCUGGCGGCAAUGAUGGCCCGAGCGGAGUGCUCAUCUGCUCGGAGAACUACUUGACGUACAAGAAUCUGGGCGAUCAGCACGACAUUCGCUGUCCCAUUCCGCGUCGGCGCAACGAUCUGGACGAUCCCGAGCGCGGCAUGAUCUUCAUCUGUUCGGCCACGCAUCGCACCAAGUCGAUGUACUUCUUCCUGGUGCAGACGGAGCAGGGAGACAUCUUCAAGGUAACGCUGGAGACGGACGACGAUGUGGUGUCGGAGAUCAAGCUCAAGUACUUCGACACUGUGCCGCCGGCGACGACCAUGUGCGUGAUGAAAACGGGCUUCUUGUUUGUGGCAUGUGAAUUUGGCAAUCACUAUCUCUACCAGAUCGCGCAUCUUGGUGAUGACGAUGAUGAGCCUGAGUUCAGUUCGGCAAUGCCUCUUGAGGAGGGCGACACGUUCUUCUUUGCCCCGCGGCCGCUGAAGAAUCUCGUUCUGGUGGACGAAAUGCCUUCUUACGCUCCAAUUCUGGGUUGUCAAGUUGCAGAUUUGGCCAAUGAAGACACGCCGCAGUUGUAUCUGAUGUGCGGUCGAGGCCCGAGAUCUUCCAUUCGAGUGCUGAGGCAUGGAUUGGAAGUGUCUGAGAUGGCAGUGUCAGAACUGCCCGGCAAUCCCAAUGCCGUGUGGACGGUGAAGAAACGAAUUGAUGAUGAAUACGAUGCGUACAUUAUUGUGUCGUUCGUGAAUGCCACUCUUGUGUUGAGUAUCGGCGACACUGUUGAAGAAGUGACAGACAGUGGUUUCCUGGGAACAACUCCCACACUGAGUUGCUCUUCACUAGGCGAUGACGCUCUUGUUCAGGUCUAUCCGGAUGGCAUUCGUCACAUUCGGGCGGACAAGCGAGUGAAUGAGUGGAAGGCGCCAGGAAAGAAGACGAUCGUCAAGUGUGCAGUGAAUCAGCGACAAGUGGUGAUUGCUUUGUCUGGCGGUGAGCUUGUCUACUUCGAGAUGGAUCCAACGGGUCAACUGAAUGAGUACACAGAGCGCAAGAAAAUGCCGUCUGAUGUGAUGUGCAUGGCUCUGGGAACAGUGCCGGCAGGAGAGCAGCGCUCGUGGUUCCUGGCAGUCGGACUGGCGGACAACACGGUGCGCAUCAUCUCGCUGGAUCCGUCAGAUUGUCUCUCACCGCGCUCCAUGCAAGCACUGCCGUCGGCCGCUGAGUCUCUCUGUCUGGUGGAGAUGGGAUCGACGGAGAGCGAAGAGGAUGGCGUGACAACGACCACAGGAUCGAUUUAUCUCAACAUUGGGCUGAACAAUGGGGUUUUGCUGAGAACCGUCCUGGAUCCGGUUUCUGGUGAUUUGGCAGACACAAGAACGCGAUAUUUGGGAUCACGCCCAGUGAAAUUGUUUCGCAUCCGCAUGCAAGGAUCCGAGGCUGUUCUGGCCAUGUCCAGUCGCACAUGGUUGAGCUAUUACUACCAGAAUCGCUUCCAUCUCACGCCGCUCUCGUAUGAGACACUGGAAUACGCCUCGGGAUUCUCGAGUGAGCAGUGCUCUGAGGGCAUUGUUGCCAUUUCCACCAACACUCUGAGGAUCUUGGCGCUGGAGAAGCUGGGCGCUGUCUUCAAUCAAAUCAACUUCCCGCUGGAAUAUACGCCGCGCCGCUUUGCCAUUCAUCCGGACACUGGGCGUCUGAUUGUAUCCGAGACGGAUCACAAUGCGUACUCGGAGGAGACGAAAAGUGUGCGGAAGAAGCAGAUGGCUGAUGAGAUGCGCGAAGCGGCUGGUGAGGAUGAACAGGAGUUGGCCAAUGAGAUGGCGGAUGCGUUCAUCAAUGAAGUGCUGCCGGAGGAUGUCUUCUCAGCGCCAAAAGCCGGACAGACAAUGUGGGCGUCGCAGAUUCGCAUAAUGGAUCCCAUUCAUGGGCACACGAUUCACAAAGUGCCGCUGGCACAGAAUGAGGCCAUCAUGUCGAUGGCGCUGACGAAAUUCCACGCUGCUGGCGAUGGCAGGUUCUAUCUGGCGGUGGGAAUCACGAAGGAGUUGCAGCUGAAUCCCAGAAUCUCAAGCAAUGGCUACAUUGACAUCUAUCGCGUGGACGCUACGUGCAAUGCCCUGGAGUUCAUCCAUCGCACGGAGAUUGAUGAUGUUCCCGGAGCGCUGAGUAGCUUCCAGGGACGUCUGUUGGCCGGUGUGGGUAAUGUGCUGCGCAUUUAUGAUCUGGGCAAGAAGAAACUGCUGCGGAAGUGUGAGAACAAGCAUAUUCCCAACAAUGUGGUGAACAUUCAGACCAUGGGUCAUCGGAUUUAUGCGUCAGAUGUGCAGGAGUCGGUGUUCUUCCUCAAGUACAAGCGGGCAGAGAAUCAGUUGAUCAUCUUUGCCGAUGACACUCAUCCGCGAUGGAUCACGGCCACGACUCUGCUGGAUUAUGACACAAUUGCCACGGCGGACAAGUUUGGCAAUGUGUCCAUUCUUAGGCUGCCGCACUCUGUCACAGAUGAUGUGGAUGAGGAUCCGACGGGGAACAAGUCGCUGUGGGAUCGCGGACUUCUGAGUGGAGCGUCGCAAAAGGCGGAGAAUGUGUCGACUUUUCAUGUGGGUGAAGUUGUGAUGUCGCUGCAGAAGGCGACUCUCAUUCCCGGGGGUUCGGAAUCACUGCUGUACGCCACACUGAGUGGCACUGUGGGCGCUCUUGUGUCGUUCACCAGUCGCGAGGACUUCGACUUCUUCCAGCAUCUGGAGAUGCACAUGCGGAAUGAGAAUCCGCCGCUGUGCGGCAGAGAUCACUUGAGCUACAGGAGUUACUACUAUCCAGUGAAGAAUGUCAUGGAUGGUGAUCUCUGUGAGCAGUUCACAUCACUGGAGCCUGCCAAGCAGAAGAACAUUGCGUCGGAUCUGGGAAGAAUUCCCAGCGAGGUGGCGAAGAAGCUGGAAGACAUUCGCACGCGAUAUGCAUUCUAGAGAGAGAGACUGAGAGAAGUGAACAUCUGGAUGGGAUUCUCUGGAGAGGAAAAUGCCCAAUUAAGAUGCUGAAGGACAUGCAGAUUAUACAAUAUUUAUUACACGUAGGAAGUCAAUAAGUAUUAUAAAAUAUCUUUUAACACAUUUGAGAAUUGAAUAGUAAAGAAAAUACACUUGGAAACUGUAAAAAA